AUGGAAAAUACAUUGUCAAAAGGUGGUUAUAGAAAGAGUGAUCUUACUAGGGCAGCGAAGGAGCGGCAUUACUGUGGGGAGCGUAGAACACUGAAGACACUGAUGCCGGAGGUACAAAAUGUCAUGUAUCAUAGCCAUGGAUCUCAAUUCCAGCCGCAUUUGAGUGGUAGCAAUGCACUGAAUGAUCAUUUGGAAACGCCAACACCGGCACCAUCGAUUAGUCGGCCGCAUUCAUUCAACACACGUAGCACAACGACGGACGGCACAAGAGAAGUGAUUGACCUUACAUCAGAGGAAGAUAAGGGUACCCAGAAAUGGGGCGGCGUAUCGCGAGGUGUGAUUGGAAAUCGAGAGGAGCAGGAUGUUAUCAAAGCCAUUGAAGAAUCACUGAAGGAUAACCAAAAUAUUGCUGGUUUUCCAUCUUUUGCACAGUCCGACCCGGAAAACCCAUAUGAAAGACGACGAACCGAUGUAACACCGGUUGGACUAAAAAACAUAGGCAACAGUUGUUGGUUCAAUGUAAUUGUGCAGGCGAAUACGACUGAAGUGACAGUUCCACUUUUGAUCGCUCUGCGUGGUCUUGCCGCUCUUCUGAAGGCCUCCUCUCGUGCAUAUGUUGAUCCAACGGAUUUGUUAAAGACAAUUAGCGAGCUGAACACCAAACUCAAUAAAGCCGUCCCGUGUAUUGGCAUUCAGCAGGAUGCCACCGAAAUGCUUUUGCGAUUGAUUGAGUGGCUUGAGAAAGCAUUCAACGAUAAAUCAGUGCCGCAGUUCUCAAGUCCAUCGGGAUCGGGCAUUCCGAAUGAGGAUGCCAUGGAUACUAGUGAGAAUGCUACCCCGGGCGUUUCAUGCUGGAAGACACCGGCCAUGUCAUCAUGUGGUGAAACCAACGGACUACCCGAUGGAUCUUGGUCACCGUUGAAGUUGGCCAAUUCGUUGCAGAUGAUCAAUUUGGAUGUCACGUACGACAAUUUGUAUGACUCUUUGGAGGCUUAUCACUUAUCAGACGCUCCUACCAAAGAGAUGUGGUUCGAAUCGCUGCCACCAGUCAUCAUAUUCUCGCUGGUUCGAUUUAGCUACACAAAUGGGCAGACGGAAAAAGUCCACAGUAAAUUUCAGUUUCCCCGCGAAUUGUACAUGGACCGCUUUCUGUACCGAAAUCGUACUUUUGUCAACGAGAAACGAAUUGAGCGGAACGGUCUGAAAAGCCAGCUUUCACACGUGAAAUCCCAACUCGAAGGAUGGAAAGAAUUUUCGGCCGGUGAUGCAAAGUUGCCACUUCCGUCGCUCAUAGAUGCUGUCGUCAAAUAUACUUCUUCAGCAGGUGCUCCUAAUGCAUGUUCGCCUUGUAGUCCGCAACCGAUGGAAGUUUGUGUCGAUUCUGCCGCUGCUGGAGCUGCAUCAUCCGAAGGACCGAACAGUGUAGAAGAAAAAAGCACGGUUCUUUCAGUGCCAUCUCUCGAUAGAAGCAUCAUUCCAAAAGAUGUCGAUAUCGACACUGUUACGGGUUUUCUACGAACGCUUUCUGCGGAUGCGCAGAAACGAAUCGAUGAGCUGCAGAAAGAUGCGGACUUGUUGCAGGGGACCAUCGAUUCGCUUUUUGAUGUUGAUGGGAUGAAACAGGAGCUAUAUCGUCUUCACAGCGUGAUUGUUCAUGAAGGUGAGGCAAACGUUGGGCAUUACUGGGCUUACAUAGCUAGCUCGCCGUUGUGCGGAGCCGAAGUAUCGUGGCGCAAAUUCAACGAUAAAAGUGUUGGGCCGGCGACUUGGCAGCAAAUCGAGGAAGAUGCGUUUGGCUCGCGGAGGGCUUGUUCGGCAUAUUGUCUGGUUUAUACGAGGGCCAAAUGCGAGGAGGCGCUUUAUGGCGAUGAGCGAGGAGAAUUAUCAAAAUCGAUUCCGGAGUUACUGGAUAUGCUACCGAACGAUCUAAAGUUGGAUGUUGCGGCUGAUAAUGCGCUGUUCGAUGCAGAAAUGAUCAAGUGGGACAAAGAGCAUCCAGCAGUUGAAAUGGGCCCGAAAAAUAAAACAUGGCUUAUCAACGCCAGCAAGUGCCCGGAAACGCUGAAUGUGAGCGAUCUCCGGGCCUAUGUGGAAAGUUACGAAAAUUCAUUGAACAUAGUGCAGGAGUUGGCCAAUUCGUUGCAGAUGAUCAAUUUGGAUGUCACGUACGACAAUUUGUAUGACUCUUUGGAGGCUUAUCACUUAUCAGACGCUCCUACCAAAGAGAUGUGGUUCGAAUCGCUGCCACCAGUCAUCAUAUUCUCACUGGUUCGAUUUAGCUACACAAAUGGACAGACGGAAAAAGUCCACAGCAAAUUUCAGUUCCCCCGCGAAUUGUACAUGGACCGCUUUCUAUACCGAAAUCGUACGUUUGUCAACGAGAAACGAAUUGAGCGGAACGGGCUGAAGAGCCAACUUUCACACGUGAAAUCCCAACUCGAAGGAGGUGCUCCUAAUGCAUGUUCGCCUUGUAGUCCGCAACCGAUGGAAGUUUGUGUUGAUUCUGCCGCUGCUGGUGCUGCAUCAUCCGAAGGUAUUGCUACGCCUAUCUUAUAG